AUGAUGAUCCGCAAGCAAGCCAGGCAACGGAGAGAUUAUCUCUACCGUCGUGCCAUGCUACUACGCGAUGCCGAAAUUAGCGAAAAAAGAGCCAAGAUGAGGUCGUCGCUUGCGUCAGGCCAGCCUCUGGAUCCCACCAUUGCAAACGAUAAAUCCCUGCGCAAAAACUACCAGUACGACGAGUCGGCCGAGAAGACGACGGCCGAGGAGCUGGACCUGGACGACGAGUACGCCCAGCUGUCAGGCAUUGUCGACCCGCGCAUCCUCGUAACGACCUCGCGCGACCCGUCGGCUAGACUGGGCGCCUUUGCCAAAGAGAUUCGACUUUUGCUGCCAACCGCGAUUCGCUUGAACCGUGGUAACCUGAUCCUGCCCGAGCUGGUACGCUCCGCCAAGUCGUCUGGGCUGUCGGAUGUGAUUUUACUGCACGAGCACAGAGGCACGCCCACGGCCAUGACGCUGUCACACAUGCCUCACGGGCCGACGGUGUCCUUUUCCCUCCACAACGUCGUUUUGCGACACGAUAUCCCGGGCAGCGUACGCGGCACCGUCAGCGAGUCCUACCCCCAUCUUAUCUUUGAUGGGUUCACGACGCCGCUGGGCAAGCGCAUUGUCAAGGUACUAAAGCAUAUGUUCCCGCCGCGGGAAGCGAUUACGAGCAGAAAUAAAAUGGGCAGCCGCGUCGUGACGUUUAAGAACAUUGACGACAGUAUCGAGGUACGACACCACGUGUUUGUGCGGACUGGGUUCGACAGCGUGGAGCUGGCAGAGGUUGGUCCCCGGAUGACGAUGCGACCUUUCGAGAUUCGCGCAGGCACGUUGGAGAAUAAAGAUGGCGAUGUGGAGUGGCAUCUGUCGCAGUAUACGCGGACGGCGAAGAAGAAGAAUUAUCUGUGA